UCGACCAAUUAUCGGCCUGGCCGAUAAUAUCGGCCGAUAUUGGGCAUUUUUCUAAUAAUUGACAUCGGCCUUUUUUUCCACCAAUAUCCGAUAAAAAUUUUUUUUUACCGUAUUUUCCGCACUAUAAUGCGCACCGAAAAAACCUCUCACGUUCUCACAACCCAACAGUGGGCCUUAUAUUUCCGUGCACCUUUUUUGCGGAAAAUACGGUAAUAAAGACCACCCGGUUGUCAGUCCGUUGUCUUGACAACGGUUCCCAUUAUCCUUUGCAACGUGAUCACAUGAGCGAACAACUUCUUGUAGCAAAGCUAGCUAGUUCAAACAGAAAGGCAAACAUGAAGCUUUAGGCACAUUGUCCACCUCUAAUCUGUCAGUCACCAUAAUUACACAGUUUGUCCUCCAGUCUCCUAACCAGAGAGCAUGGCGCGUGGCUGCACAGCUACAGUCCAACGCGAGGAGCGGCCGGACGCUGGCCGGCAGCCCGCUUGCCAGGACGCCGAGAGCGGGCGGCCGAUAGCCUGCCCCCGGGGAGCCGGCUGGCCGCCGGUGUUGCGCCGAAAACAGACUGCCUGCCAUAAAAUGACUGUCCCCGACGGGAACGCGCAUCGAUUAAUGAUAACAUUGAUUGUAAUGUAUUUUUUGCGUUACAGUAGCCUACAACUUUAGUUCAACCAGGAUUCUCCAUUGUUUAUUUUAUUCUUUGUUUUUUUUUUUUUUUUUUUUAUUCCUACAGUACACGGACAUACAGGGGACAAAAUACAAGAAAAUGAAGGACAGAGUUGUGCUAUCAGCAGUGUCAGAUAGUUGAAUAUUGGAGUUUUGGGGAAGUUAUGGAUGAGAUAUGACUAUUAUUGUGAGUGAGUGAGUGUAUGUGUGUGUGCGUGUGUGUGCUAAAUAUAAUGACAUGUAUCAGAUAGUAAUAAUAAUAAAGUAAUCAGAACAUUACAAACUAAACAAAAACCAAAGGCCUGAGAAUAUAUAAUGAAUGUAGAAGAAGUGUUUUCCACUGAGCACAUCACAUCUCUUUUCGCCUGAUGUCACUACUCUGGGCUGUGGAACAAUGUUCCACCCACAGCUCCCGCUGAUUGGCUGCACAACACAAGACAGCCAAUGAAUCAACACGCCUCUUCAGAUGCAGGUCCAAAGAGGAAUGACUGCUCAGUAAAGCAAGCAACUGAUUACGGAAGAUGGAUGGAUCAAAGAGGAGGAAAAGUGCUGUAUGGGAUUAUUUCACUCAACCAAUCCCAGGAAAAGCAGUCUGCAAUACCUGCAAAGAACAUGUCAGCAUGGGAGGAGGAACAAAUGCUAAAACUUUUAAUACUUCGAACUUGUGGUCCCAUCUUAGGAUCCAUCAUAGUGACUUGUAUGCAACUGCACAAUUGCAGCUGGAAAAUGCAACUUCAUCUCAGGCAGAAACAACAACUUUAUCUCAACCUAAAAUACAGGACUUGUUUCAAAAACAAAGAAAGUGGCCAAAUUCAGAUCAACGAUCUAAACUGAUUGACAAACUAAUUACAGAAAUGAUAAUAACUGACAACCAGCCAUUCACAGUUGUCUCUGACAUUGGCUUUAAGCGCCUAAUUGGAGUAGCAGCACCACAGUAUUCACUGAAAAAUGAGAAGUACUAUCGCACUGAAAUGCUCCCAGAAGUUCACCACAAAGUUGUUGAGAAGGUAAAAGCCCUGAUCAACCCAGAGAAUGCUGGCAAUGCACUGUCCUUCACUACAGACUGCUGGUCUGGAACCACUGAGGCUUUGAUGAGCCUCACAUGUCACUUCAUCGACAAGAAUUGGAUCAGAAAGCAGGUAGUUUUGAACACUAAAGCAAUGCAUGGAUCCCACACUGGUGAAUACAUCAGCCAGACAUUCCUGGGCAUGCUUCAAGAUUGGAACAUAAGCAAAGACCGUGUUACACUUGUGCUUCGUGACAGUGGAGCUAAUAUGGUGAAAGGAAUGAGGCUUGCUGAACUUCCAGAUCUCAGCUGCACAGCUCACUCUUUGCAGCUCGUAGUACAUGAUGGCCUGUCAAGUCAAAGAGCAGUUACAGAUGUCAUUGCAAUCAUCAGGAAGUGUGCCACCCAUUUUCACCACUCAGUUCUUGCCAAGCAGCGCCUGAGAGUCAUUCAGAAGGACCUUGGCUUACCACAACACAACAUAAUCCAGGCUGUUCCAACAAGGUGGAACUCAACGCUCCACAUGCUGCAAAGAGCACUAGAGCAAAAGCGUGCUUUAAACAUCUAUGCUGGUGAGCAUGGAGGAUUUGCAUGUCCUACGGCUUACCAGUGGGACAUUGUGUCCAGUUUGGUUGAAACGCUCAUUCCAAUAGAGGAAGUGACACUAGAGGUCAGCUCUAACAGUGCAUCAGCAUCCUGCAUUAUUCCCAGUGUGGCUGUGCUGAAGAUGCUGCUUCAAGAUGAUGGGGCCUCAACAAAAGGCAUUGGAACACUCCGGGAAGCCAUGAGGGAGAGCUUGAUCAAACGCUUCUCAAAACUAGAAGACUUGAAACCUGUGGUGCUGGCAUGUCUCCUAGAUCCACGUUACAAGAAUCAUGCAUUCUCCUCAGCCAUUACAUUGUCCAAGGCCAAAGAAUGGCUGAAAGAAGAGGUUGAAAGUGCAACCAAACAGAGCACUCAAGAGGAGCAUGAUGUUACAGAGGAAACCAGUGUGAAGGCAACUGCUGCAGAAGUGGUAAAUGACGAAGAGCAAGCUCCUGCAGAAGAGAGUGGGACCCAAGAAAGUGACAUAAGGACCACCAGAGGGCAACGCAGAGGAAAGACAUCCUGUACUCGCCGUAUUGAUGACAUGUUCAGUUCUCUGCUAGGACCCCACGCUGGUGAGCCGAUGGCUGAGGCCUGCCUUGAAGAUGAGUUACAACUGUACCUCAGGGAGCCAGUGAUUGACAGGCGGAAGGGGGAUCCACUCCAGUGGUGGAAGCAAAAUGAAGUCCGCUACAAGUUACUUGCCACACAAGCAAGAAGGUUUCUUUGCUCACCACCUUCUUCUGUUCCAAGUGAGCGUGUCUUCAGUGAAGUCUCUGCAAUUUAUGAAAGGAACAGAAGCCGUCUCACAGGACACCAUGCUGAGCAGCUCUGCUUUCUCCACUACAAUCUGGUGCUACUGGAUUGGGACUACUAACUGAGAAUCAGUACUACAGUACAGUGUUUACUUUUCUAAAAAUUCAGGGAGCUAUUUUAUUUAUUUAUUUAUUUCAGUUUAUUUCAAUAAAUGCUGCUAAAACAUCCCUGCACUUUUUGUUUUUAGAUAAUUGAACUCAAUUUUCACUACUGCACAGUUCAGUUUUUACUUUGAUCUUAAAAAAAAAAAAAAAUCAGGGAGCCAUUUUAUUUGUUUCAGUGAACUUGGAGUUCUCUCUGCACCG